UUAGUUAAUAAUAAAAGUUACAGUAAAUCAAUGAGGCAGAUGUCGUGCCCAGUACAUUCGCUCUUAUUUUAUUCGAUAAAAUGCAUUCGGGAAAGACUGAAGUCCUGCCGGAAAAUCCGCGAGAGCGAUCGAAUUUUAUUGUGGCGUCUUGGUUUUGGUAUGCCAUGCCCCUAUUUGUUAAGGGAUCGAAACAGACCUUGGGAUCAAAGGACCUUUACAAACCUUUGACGGAACAUAAAUCAGAUACUCUUGGCAAUAAAUUGUGGGCUUCUUGGGAGCACGAACUGAAAAUUGAUAAAGAAAAUCCCAAUCUUUUGAGGGCUGUUCUCCGGACUUUCGCCUGGCAACUUGCACUCCCCGGACUGGCGAUUUUCCUGGUGGAGCUGGGACUAAGAACCUUUCAGCCAAUAUUAUUGGUUAAGCUUAUUUCGUACUUCUCCCACCAACCUAAAGCUGAAGAGAUGGGCUAUUUCUAUGCAAUAGCACUGAUACUAAAUAGUAUUCUAAGCGUGAUGCUCCUAGCUCCUGCCAAUUUCGGGAUAUACCAUGUGUGCUUUAAGAUGCGGGUGGCCCUGACUAGUAUGAUCUUUCGGAAGGCCCUGCGGUUGAGCAAGAAUGCUCUGGGUGAGACCACUUCCGGUCAUGUGGUCACCCUGAUUUCCAAUGACAUUCCGCGUUUGAACAAUGGAGUCUACACGGUCCACUAUCUGUGGGUGGGGCCCCUUCAAGUUCUGCUUAUCACAUACCUUAUGUACCAGGAGAUUGGAAUCGCUGCAAUGUUUGGCAUGAUCUUUAUGCUUCUUCUCAUACCUCUGCAAAUUUUUCUGGGCAAGAAGACCUCGCUGCUGCAUCUGAAAGCUGCUGAAAGAACGGACAACCGGCUUCGCAUGGUGAAUGAAAUAAUCUCUGGCAUUCGAGUGCUCAAGAUGUACGCCUGGGAGCUGCCUUUCGAAAAGAUGGUGGCCCAGGCUCGCAAAAAGGAGAUGAACUCCAUUCGCCAGGGACAGUACAUAAGGGGCUUUCGCUUCACCUGCCGAAUCAUCGUCUCACGCGUGGCCAUCUUCCUCAGCCUGGUGGGCUACGUCAUCUUGCGUGGGUUUUUCACACCGGAAGUGGCCUUCCUUGUAACCGCCUACUACAACGUACUGCUGGCCGCCAUGUCCAUAUAUUUUCCUGCCGCCAUGAUACACACGGCUCAAGUCUUGGCCUCCUUCAACCGUGUGAAUAAGCUUAUGCAAUCCGAGGAGGUACAUGAGAAGCCGAGGUGUACAGAAGAUCAGGAAGAUCCGACCUCUGUUCCCCCACAACCUGCCAUCGUCGUCAGCAGACUCAAAGCCAAAUGGGAUGCCAAGUCCCCAGACUACACACUCAGUGGGUUAAAUCUUCAAAUUAAGCCCGGAUCUGUGGUGGCCAUCGUGGGAGCCACUGGAUCGGGAAAAUCCAGCCUUAUCCAGGCUAUUCUUGGUGAGCUGACAGCAGAGUGCGGCCAGAUAAAAGUGAAUGGUUCCGUCUCCUACUCCUCCCAAGAGCCCUGGCUCUUCGCAGGCACCGUACGCCAGAAUAUACUUUUUGGCCAGCCCUUGGAUCAACAGCGCUACCAGGAGGUGGUUAAAAAGUGUGCCCUGGAACGGGACUUUGAGCUCUUCCCGCUCAAAGAUGAAACCCUAGUUGGGGAGCGUGGAGCUUCCCUAUCGGGUGGCCAGAGGGCUAGGAUCAGUUUGGCCAGAGCGGCUUACCGGAAGGCAUCCAUCUACCUACUAGAUGAUCCUUUCAGUGCAGUGGACACCAAUGUGUCCCGCCAUCUAUUCGAGCAAUGCGUGCGCGGUCAUCUGCAGGAUACCACCGUAGUUCUGAUAACCCAUCAGAAGCAGUUUUUACACCUGGUCGAUCAGGUUGUGAUCUUGGAAAAGGGUCAACUCAGGGCCGUGGGCACCUACCAGUCGCUCCUGGAGAUGGGCCUCGACUUUGUCACCAUACUGGGCGAAGCAGGGAAGGAAGUUGAGGAACAGGAGAAUCAGGAUAGCUGUAGAAAGGCACUUACUGAGAAUAUCAAUAAAUCUAAAGAGGCUAUAGACGAUUCAUAUUCUAAGAAAACCAUUAAGGAGCUCCAAGAAUCAGGGGGCAUAGGUCUAGGAAUAUACAAGAAGUACUUCAAGGCGGGCGGUGGAUUGUCCUCCUUCCUUAUAAUGAUUAGCUGCUCUGUCCUGGCACAAAUAUUGGUUACGGGAGGCGAUUAUUUCCUUACUUACUGGGUCACCAAGGAGAGCAACGUUGCCAUUAAAAACAGGACAGAAGGUCUGCAGAAUAUGAACUCGAAAAGAAUAGAUGUAUACAUAUUCACGGUGAUCGUAAUUUUGUCAAUUUCAAUGAACUCCACGUUCUCGAUUUUGGUAUUUAACAUGGCCAAGAAAGCGUCUAUUCACUUGCACAACUCCAUUUUCAUUGCAAUCACUCGAGCACCCAUGGAUUUCUUCGAAAGAAAUAAACACGGAUGCAUUCUGAAUCGCCUCUCCAAGGAUAUGGGCCAAGUGGACGAAGUACUGCCCGACGUGAUGGUCGAUGUGCUACAGACUUUCUUUUGGCUGGCUGGAAUAAUUAUUGUUAUAGCCAUUGUCAAUCCUGUGUUGCUGGUUCCAACAGCUAUUUUGGCCGUUGUUUUCUAUAAGCUACGCAAUUUCUAUCUCAAAACUUCGAUGGAUUUGAAGCGAAUCGGGGCUAUAAGUCUGUCUCCAGUCUACUCUCAUUUGGCCUCUUGUCUGACCGGUUUGCCCACAAUUCGUGCCUUCGAAGGUCAGAGGACAUUGGAGCAGGAGUUCGACAACUUCCAGGAUGCGCAUAGCUCUGCACUUUAUAUGUCCAUGAGUACCUCGAGUGCCUUUGGAUAUUGGAUGGAGUGCUUAUGCGUGCUUUACAUAGCGAUCAUUACGCUCAGCUUCUUUGUCUUCCCUCCAAAAAACGGAGCUGAAGUUGGGCUGGCCAUAACUCAAGCCUUGGGACUUAUGGGCCUAGUGCAGUGGGGAGUACGUCAAUCAGCCGAGCUGGAGAACACAAUGACUUCCGUGGAGCGAGUGGUGGAGUACGAGAACAUCGAACCAGAAGAAGCACUGAAAGGGGAAGUGCAAAAAAGGCCACCCAAAUCCUGGCCAGAGCAGGGAAAAAUAGUGUUCGAUAACCUGAGUCUUCGCUACACGCCGGAUCCGAGGGCGGAGAAAGUGCUCAAGUGCCUUAGCUUUGUCAUAAAUCCAAGGGAAAAAGUGGGCAUCGUGGGACGGACUGGAGCGGGCAAAUCCUCCCUGAUUAACGCCCUCUCCCGACUGUCCUACAACGAUGGGUCCGUGCUUAUAGACACGAGAGAUACGAGCACAAUGGGUCUGCACGAGCUGCGCAGGAAGAUCUCAAUUAUACCCCAGGAACCCGUCCUUUUCACCGGCACUUUGCGAUACAACUUGGAUCCCUUCGGCGAGUACAGCGAUGAGAAGCUGUGGAGCUCCCUGGAAGAGGUGAAGCUGAAGGAUCUGGUGGCGGAUCUUCCAAGUGGCUUGCAGAGCAAAAUCAACGAGGGCGGCACCAACUUCAGCGUGGGUCAGCGUCAGUUGGUCUGCUUGGCACGGGCCAUUCUGAGGAAUAACAGGAUCCUUGUCCUGGACGAGGCGACGGCCAAUGUGGAUCCCCAGACGGAUGCGCUGAUCCAAAGCACCAUACGGAAAAGGUUCAAGGAGUGCACUGUUCUGACGAUAGCCCAUCGUUUGCACACCAUCAUGGACUCUGAUAAGGUGCUGGUCAUGGAUGCUGGCAGAGUUGUGGAGUUCGGAACGCCCUAUGAGCUGUUGAUGGACGGCGAUUUCCAUGUGUUCCAGGACAUGGUUAAGCAGACGGGUCAUGCCACCUAUGAAGGUCUACUGGAAAUCGCUCAGAGGGCAUUAAAAAAAUAGCAGAACCGCAGUUCUUUUUCAGAUAUCUAGAUUAUUUUGUAAUCUAUAUAUGUCAAUUUACCCUCCCGGAAAAGCUAUAAGGUUACCAUAGUAUCUUACCAUUGGUUUUUUAUUUUCGUAAUAUAAAACUUCGAAUAAAAUUAUAA